UGCAGCUUAAUAUCUCUUUCCCAGCUACUGGCUGCCAGAAGUUGAUUGAAGUUGAUGAUGAACGCAAGCUGCGUACUUUUUAUGAGAAACGCAUGGCCACAGAAGUUGCAGCUGAUCCCUUGGGUGAGGAAUGGAAGGGAUAUGUUGUGCGCAUCAGUGGAGGCAACGAUAAGCAAGGUUUCCCCAUGAAACAGGGAGUUCUCACCCACGGACGUGUUCGUCUGCUGCUGAGCAAGGGUCACUCCUGUUACCCCGCCCCAGGAGGACUGGCGAGCGCAAACGCAAGUCUGUGCGUGGCUGUAUUGUAGAUGCCAACUUGAGUGUGUUGAACUUGGUGAUUGUCAGAAAAGGUGAGAAGGACAUCCCUGGCCUUACAGACAACACUGUUCCACGUCGUUUGGGUCCUAAAAGGGCAAGCAGAAUCCGCAAACUCUUCAACCUGUCCAAAGAAGAUGAUGUUCGCCAAUAUGUGGUUAGAAAGCCUCUUGCUAAGGAAGGGAAGAAGCCCAGGACUAAGGCCCCCAAGAUCCAGCGUCUUGUAACACCUAGAGUUCUUCAACACAAGCGCAGACGUAUUGCCCUGAAGAAGCAGCGCACUCAGAAAAAUAAGGAGGAAGCAGCAGAGUAUGCCAAGCUCCUUGCGAAGAGAACAAAGGUGCGUUCAAUACAAUCAUUUCUAUGA